AUGCAAGAUCUUAAUUUGGCAAUGGACGCCCUAAGAGAAGUCAUCAUGCCAUACUCUGCCACCCAUUGCCAGAGCUCCCCAGGUAGGAAGCUCUCCAAGAUUGCCACCCUCUUGCUGGCCAGGAAUUACAUACUGCUUCUUGGAAGUUCUCUUCAAGAAUUACGUAGAAUCAUCGGGGACAUGAGUGGUCCAGCACCCAGGUUGCUUCUUGCUGGUCUGCCACUCUUUGCAGCUCCAGGGUCGGUUUUCCUGGCACCUGGAAGCAACGGAGAGACUCAAUGCUCAGGCAAGAUGCACUCCUUGUCGGUGGAGGAUCAACCAUGCUCGGCUUUCACCAUCCCAGGAGGGAGCAGUGUUUGUGCCUGUUCGGUCUGCAGGUUCAGUCACUUCGUUCCCACCAGCCUCAACAUGAAAGCUGUACAGCUGCCCAAAUAG